AUGAGUAACGUGUCUGGAGCAUCUAGUGGUUCGUCAAGUGGACGUUCUGGAGGCAGAGUGUUUGGUGUGCCGAGACUUUGUCAUUGUGGGGUUCAAAUAAUGGAAUUGGUUUCUAAAUCCAGCAACAAUCCGUACCGGCGUUACUAUCGUUGCGGAUAUGCUGUAUCUAAGAAGCUCUCGAAUGACAACCACACUUUCAAGUGGGUCGAUGAGGCUUAUUUAGAUGAGAUAGAGGCAUUAAAAAUGAAAAAUGCUUCACUUGCGGCAAAACUGGAGACAGUUACAAUGGAGAGGAAUGAGUUUGAGAGAAUAGUGUUUGAGAAUGUGCAAAUGAAGCUUGAGAAGGAGAUUUUCGAGAGAGUUGAAGAGGCUUUGGUUGAAUCAUCUUCUACGAUGAAGAAAAUGAUGGUUGUUGUAGUUGUUUUGUGUAUGGGCAUGGUUGGGUUUAGUAAGCUCUUUGGUUGAAAAGGUUUAUAUAGGAAUGACCUUUGUUUUAGUAAUCUUGUGUUUUGUGUGUUUGAUCAUUGUGGUUUGUGUACUUUGACAUGGUUUCAAUUUUAUUAAUGCAAUGACUUUGUCUAUUUUAAGAUGAUUGUUAAGCCUAUUUUAUUCAGUAGAAUGCAAUGAUUUUAAAGAAAAUAUACAAGCUUUUAGUUGCAGUAACAAAGAUAAUAUGAAGUGCAAAACAAAGAUAGAUAAAUGUCAUUACAUUACAUGGAUCCAAGACCAUUAAGUUCAAAACCACAGAUAUAUGUCAUUACAUAGCUGUCGAAAAUUAAGUUCAAAACAAAAGAUAAUAGAUGCCAUUACAUAUCAAAUCAUUCAAGCUUGAGAAACACUAGCUUGAGUGAGAGUUCCUUGUGAGGAUUCACCUGCAGUUUGAGAUGUGCUUACCGGUACCGAAUCAUCAUGCUUGCCCUGCUUUGCAUGCCACCUCGAGUUGUGAUUAGCCUUACCACAAAUGCCACAAUGCAUAGUCAUUUUCUUGGCUUUUGGUAGCUUCUUGGUUGGUGACUCAUUCACACCUCUUUUCCUUGUCUUAUCCGCUUUGGUGAGCUUCUUCUUCUUCUUCCCUGUUUCUUUCCCUCGUUCUCCCUCUGUUUCUUCCCCUUGUUCAUCCUCUACAGGUGGAGCAUGUACAUCAGGAGCAUCUGUUUUGGGCCAAAACAUAGAACCCCUGACUGGAACAAUUCCAUCUGUGUAGUUUCUUCUCCAUUUAGCCGUGCGAAACCACUCACAAACAUAGUCUGACGGAUCAACCUUUAACUUCAGCAUCACACCAUAUGCAUGCUUACAUGGAAUUCCAGUGAUGUCGAACUUCCUGCACAAACAAGUUCUUUUCUCCAAAUGGACACGAUAAGUUUGGCCAUUCAAUCUUGAGUCAAAGUAGCCUUUAACGCUUCUUCUAACAACACAUUUGUUGGCUCCGUCUUUAAGGGGCUUAUCAACAAGAGCCUUAGCGAGAACUCUCUGCACAUAUGGUGUACAUUUUCCUGACAAAGAGAGAGCCAAUUAAGUUAACUGAAUUUAUAUUUUUUAGAUAUUAGAAGUAUUGAAAAAAACUUACCUUGGUGUUCAUGAGAUUCUCUGGAUCUUGUGGCUAUACGUACCAUAGCAAGUCUUGCUAUUGUUUCGAGCAUAUGCACAAAUGGCUUCUCUCUUGCCUUGUUGAUGGAGCUGUUAAAGGACUCUGUCGAGUUGUUCUCCACAUCUUCGCAGUAAUUUCCCAGCUUGAAGAAAGCUCGGCACCAACUCUUCGGAUUUUUAGCCAUAACAUCUGUAUACACACAUGUAUCGUAGGAACUUAACCUGUCCAAGUUUUUCUGAUACUUUGCUUCAUUGUAGCUCCAUGCUACACUCCAUAUGUAAGACUUCAUCUGUUUUUUGUUGCCAUGUUUCUUCUUCAAAUUCCCGUAGAUGUGUCUUACACACUUCCGAUGCUCCAUCUUAGGCAACUCUAUCUUAAUAGGUCUGAUCAAUCCCUGAUACAGAACCACAAACUUAAUCAAACAACAACAUAAAGAAACAGUGAUUUCAACCAAAAAAAAAACAAAAAACUUACCGGGCUACGGUCUGAGACAGCAAUGUAGUUGUCACCAUCCUUUAGAUCCAAAUCAACCUUCAGUUUUUGCAUAAACCAUUGCCAAUUCUCGUUAUUUUCCACCUUUACAACAGCCCAAGCUAUUGGAUAAAUUGCAUUGUUUGCAUCUCUACCUAAAGCAACCAAUAACUGUCCCUUGAUUCUUUCUUUGAGGAAGCAACCAUCAAGUCCUAUCAAUGGCCUACAACUCUCCUUCCAAGUAUUCCUGAGGGCGUCAGAGCAAAUAUAGAUUCGAUUGAAGACAUCUUGACCUUCAUCAUUCUGGAACGUGUCUACUUCAACAGAAGAACCAGGAUUUGAUUCUACUAUCUCGGCAGCAUAAUCUUUAAGGCGUGCAAACUGUUGAUCAUGUUCACUCUUAAUCCACUUCAAAGCUUUAUUCCUACCAGCUUAACACUGAGGCCUAGACACACUAAUAGACCAAAUUGCCAUGAUCAAUUCCUCGAUCUUCAUAGGCAUAUAGUAUGCCGGCUCUUCACGGAUCUUGUUCACAAACAACCUAGCUAUCACAGGGACCUUCACCAUCUCACACUCUCCAUUAACCUCACAUGUGUGGUUAUCUACAAACAACCUAACUCUCCAAAUUUUAUCCCUCGGAAGGAUCGAAGCAUAAAUUUUCCAGCCACAAGCUUCAUCAUUCUCACCAUGACCAGCACAUUCGAAACCAAGCUUAUCCUUAUCAUACCUGUAUUGUCUGAUAUUGCAGCGAGUCCUAAGAGCAUAAUCGAGGACUCUGUCUUUGAAAGCCACACCAUUGAAGAAUGUCUGGUCUCGGUACAAAUGCCCAUCACCACGGCAUAUAUGCGUCCUCAUUCUCUGUGGGGCUUCAGGAUCUUCUUCUUCCUCAUUAUCUUCAUCACUCUCAGGCAAGACGUCAUGCUGAAUUGGCGGCUCACUCACGAAAUUUCCCAACAAUUCGUCGAGUUCAAACUCUUCUCGCUCAACUUCUUCAUCAUCAAUUUCGAACUCUCCUUCGCCGAUUAUAGGUACUACAGACAUGGUAAACACGAAUUCAAUCGAUUUCUUGUUGUUUUCUCUCAGGAAUUCUCUCCCACUCUCUCUAUUUCACGUUCUAGGGUUCUUGGGUUUUUGAUUUGGGGAUUUUUUGGGUUUAGAUAGAUUAGGAUGGUUAAGUCGGGUUAAAAAUAAUUAAGUUCGGUUAAGUCGAGAUUCGGUAUUACUAACCCGUCUUAACCAAACUAAUUAACCAACUAAACAUGGUUUUAUGUGGAUUUGAGUGUUUAACUUUUGUCGGGUGGAGAAAGAGAUAUUUAACUUUGAUAUGGUGGGUAUAUAGAUAUUUAACUUUCGUUUGGUGGGGAAAUGAAACGAGCCAAUAGUUUGAUGGAGAAAUAGUGCGACACCAUAGUUCCGGUGGGGAAAUAGAUCGCCAGCCCGUGAAUCUGCAGUGUACAAAAAGAUGAUCUGCCAUUUCUGUGUCUCCAGAGCGAGCACAUUUCACAUUGGUAGAUAAGAUUCCAUGACGUUGAAGUGCCUCCCCAAGUGGUAGUGCAUCUUGAAAGAUUUUCCACAUGAAGAUUUGCAUCUUUGGGGCUGUUUUACUGCCCAUGUAUUUAAAGUUAAAGUUGCAUAAAAUUCAAAAUAUCUUAUAUUUCGAAACACCAAAAAUAUUUCAAAACUUCAUAUAUAAUGAAACAAUAUAUAAGUGAACGUAUGUAUACUAUUAUUAUUAUUUAUUUUUGCACAUAUUAUUAGCAUUAGUUACUUAGAGCAUGUUCAAUGGUAAAACUCUUAAAUGUCUCUUAAGUGGGAUCAGAUAAAGAGAGACAAACAAAAGAUGAAGAAGUAGUGGAAGCAACGUCCCUUCCUUUGCUUAAAUAAGGUACGUCCCUUCUCUUUUUUUUCUUUUUCUUCUUUAUUUUAAUUGUAAUUAUGCUUAACAACCCUUCUUCAACGGACACCAAUAAACCUGCUCUUAGCUUUUAUUGUAUUUGCUGAAAAAAAAAGUUACUUGUAUUUAUAUUAACCGGAAGAUUCAUUCGUGUAAGAUAGUAAAAUCCAGCGUCACAUAAACUUAUGACACUAAACAUAUGAACAGAACAAAUUUUACUCCUAAAAUUAUGGACCUAGAUUCUUGAAUAAAACAAUUUUUCAAUUUUCUACUUUCAAUUGCUUACCCUAAUGACCUAACCAUUCAAACCCGCUAAGUGUCAGUUUAGUUAAUGCGUAGAUGUAAUGACUAAUGAAUGAAAAAUUAGUCUAAAAUUGAUAUCUAUUCUAUUAAAACAGCAGUGUGACCCAUUGAUAAAAGUAGAGUCCAAUUAUUAUUUUUCCAAAAAACUGAUUAUUUUAUAACUGCUUAUAUUAAAUAACUAAUCACGUUUUUUGUCUAUAACAAUCAGUUAUGUUUCUUCAAUCACAACAAUGUCGGAUUCAUUGAUUUAGAUUUUAGACCUGAUCAAAACGCGUCCAUGGUGAUCGAUUCUCUGGCGAUUAUACGUUCCAUGGUGGUUCACUGUGUUGAUUUGUCAUAAUCGGACAAGAAAUCAGAAAAUUUAAAGUAACUGACUUUUUGCAUUUUAAAAGGUUGAAAUCAGAUAUUUUGUAAUGGAUUACAAGUUUAAGGCAUAAACAACAAGAAAAACUUAAAAGUUGAUCGAUUAUGAAAGUAUGGUGGCCAUUGAAAUGUUGCAGAGAAUUCUAAAAUAUUCUUAGGGAAGGUGGAAAUAUUUACAAAUAUGCCACUCAAAAAAAAAAAAAACAAUACACACUACAUAAAUAUAUCUAUCGAAUACAAUAGUGUAAAAUGGCCCAAGCUUCCAACAGACCAAGAUUAUACUGUAUAUAUUAAAAAAACCUCUUUCUUAACUUAAUAUAUAACUACAUUUAUCUGAAACUUAAGAAAUAUAUUAUAAGAAAUAUUAAAUAUUUUGGAAUAUAUAUAAUAUUAAAUAUAUAUAUAUAUAUAUAUAUAUAUAUAUAUAAACCAGUGGAAAUAUAUUUUUUAAGUUUGUUUACUAUAAAAUGAAACUUUAAAAGUUAACUCAUAAAGUUAACUAAUAUUUUUUCAAACAGAAAAAGUUAACUAUAUUAAUAUUAAUUAGUGGUGGAACGGGUUAUUAAUGACAUUUAAUCUUUAUAAGUGAACUUUUAAUAGAAAUAAAUAUUCAUAUAAACUCAAUUAGUUUAACGGGGUUUUAAUAAGUUAUUCAAUUUAGAAAUCUAAUCUAUUAAAACAGCAGUGUGACCUAUUGAUAAAAAUAGUGUCCAACAAUUAUUUUCAUAUAUCAAUAUUAUUAAAACACAAUUAACACUAACUACUUUGUACGCUAAAUAACUUCCACUAUAAACUCCUAAAUAAUCGGGACCCACUUUUUAUAUAGCUAAAAAUGCUGAGUUACUUUAAUUCCAUAGUUUUCGUUCUUAUGUAAUAGUUUUCUAUAGCCACGUCAUUUUUAAUACAAUUAAUGCCAUAUCAUUUCAUCAAAAAAAAACUACCCAGUAAAAACUAUUUGAAACGAUGAAGAUAUCCAAUACGAUGUCAUCUAAAGAAGAGUAAAAUAUAUUUAUUUUUAUUUUAGCAUUUUAUUAGAAAUAAAAUUAACUUGCAAUAAAAAUUAUACUAAUAAACAAUAACCUUAGAAUUUUAUUAAGUUUA